AUGCCAUGCGAGGAGCGCAAGCGAGCGCUGUUGGCGUACUGCAGUGACGCGCUCCGCCAGCACUUUGCGUCGCGCGAGGACGGCGAGGUGCAUGUGCAUGCUGUGUUUAGCCGACCUGUUCCUACUCACGCUGUAUACCCACUCGCACAUGUCCAGCUUCACGAGUGGAGCGACGCACUGCCUGUAUGGCAGGAACAGGUCGUGCUCACCGCGAGCUGGAAACCAUGCGGCGGCGAAGCGCGGAUGAUAUACGCGCUCGAGGCGUAUAUUUACACCAUCCUGGAAUUUGAGGCCGCGCUCUUGUACAUUUCGAAAUUAGACUCGACGGGCUUCGGCCCCAACAUGCGCGGCGCGCCGAGCCUGCCCAUGGCGCUCACUGCUGGUUUUCUGCACUAUUUUAUCGCCAAGGCACACUGGCCCGCGAAGCGGCGCGGCAGAGUUUUGCACGUCUCGGUGCAUGUUCUCGCGCGCGCACAGCCCGCAUACCUCUUUCCCAACUCGCCGCAGCACCGAGACAAGCGCGUCAUUUCUGACGCCGCGCUCAUACGCUGGUGGAGACUGUGCCUGAGCGAGGCGCUGUCAUACACGGCGCGGUGCGACACGGAAAAGAUCCAUGCAUUCUAUACGAUCCCCGGCUUUGCACGCAACGAUUCACACCCCAUUGCACCGCUCGUCCGCCCUGGCAACUACCCCAGCGGCUCGCGCAUGGCCAAGUUGGCCGACGCACAGUGGGUGUACGGCCAUCCAUACAGUGCCAAAGGUGCUUCAUGCAGCGAGGAUGCACUCCCGCCGCUUCCGCUACACAUCCAGCCACAAGAAGCGCGCCGCACGCUGCGCGUGAGCCAAGGUAUGCAGCAGCGCACACUGGCGACACUGGUCCCCAUCUUCCCAGACGAUCCCAAGGGCCGCUUUUUGAACGAGCUGCUGGGCGAGGCGCACGAUCCGAGCUACCGCCCGCCUGUGCUUGCUCAAGCAUCGAGCGUGGCGCAGCGCGAGGCGCUCCGUGAGCGCCAAGCACUCGACCGCACGUCGGUCGAUGCGUUCUGGGAGCAGAUGGGGUUCCGCCAGGAAUGCAGCGCAGGCAACGCUGUGGGUGUGUUUGUAGUGCAGUCGAGUACGCUGGGGAGUAGCGAGGCGGUGGAAACAGCUAUGACGAUGGAUGCACAGCCAUGUGCACUUCCGCAUGGACUCUUAGACGAGCUGGUGCUAAAAUGCCUACUGCGCGAUUCUUGUAAUUGGGCAGAUGCUACCGAGACUGUGCGGCUGACCAAACAGUACUACGAAGAAUUUGCGAGUGCCGUAGCACGGCGGGGGAAUAGAGAGCCGGGCAGUGCGCAAGGCAUCCCAUCCGUCCGUCUUUCCAUACAGGCUACCCCCGCCCACGACGAAAAAUGUGCCCAGGACGCAGCCGCACAAGCCACGCGUCCACCUGCCGGAUCGGGUGACCUAGGCGUUCGAGUACUUUCGGUGAAACGCAAGCGUCGAUCGUAG